AAUCAUCAGAGGUUUUAAAAGCAGUGGAAAAUUUUGUGCCUGGAAAGCUCUCCCAGCCUACACUCUUCAGUGCCAAAAUUGAUUCCUAGAGAAGGACGACAUACCACGGAACAAAUGUCAACUUUCGGUAUACGAAAACAGUCUCCAAAUCAAAGCGACAAGAAGAGCCCCUCUGUUGCAAUUAAAAGCAGACAACAGGCUUCUCAUGAUAUUAAUAAACGACGGACACUUUUGCAAGAUAACAGCUGGAUAAAGAAGAGACCCGAAGAGGAAAGUGCUGAUGAAAACUAUGGAAGGGCUGUGCUUAAUCAGUACAAAUCCCAAGACAGCCUAAACAGCAGUAGCACAAAUGAAAAGGAAGAUCAGACAGCGGUACUUGGACGAUACAGAUCUGAUACCACGUUGGACAGAAUUCCAACCAGAAGUGAUACCGAUAAAGUGAAUAAGUACCCAACUCUGAAUGAUAAGCAAAACAACAGAGCCAGCUUUGUGAGCCCUGUGAACAAAGCACAACUGGUGCUAACUUUUUGCCGCAGCCCCUAA